GCAAACUGUGAAAAGCCAAAAACUGCUUUCAACGGGCACAAUGGGCGGUGUGACGCCUCACCCUCUCCCAUCGCGUUGAAUGGCCGUGGUCAUUGGGUCCGGCCGUUCCGUGCGGCAGGUCACAGCUCUGUUCUGCCCGGGGCAUCAAUACGUUCGGUAAAUCUUUUCCUCCGCUAUGAACGCCAAACUUCUGGUCAUCCUCGUCUUGGCUCCGUUCACGAACAGCGCUGACUUUCGGAAGUCUGGCCGGCCAGGCGGACGACACACCAUCCUGGUGCCCCGCGUUCUGUACAUGGAGCACUGCAAGGAUGAACGGCAGCACUCACUGAUAGUGCACAACUACUCGUCGCUUGUCGACGGCCGCGGCGUCGUCUACCUUAACGCGGUCAUGGAGUACACGAGGACUGCUAAAGCGCUCACUAUGAUGAAGAUCGUGCUACACAAGUGUCGGGAGGCCGUGUCGUCCAACACAUGCGAGUACUUCGCCACCUGGCCGUUUACCGCAGCGAUCUGCAACAUGGUCACGACCAAAGGCAUGAUGUGGAGUGGUUUCAUGAACGCCUUUCGCCCUGACUUCAAGUGCCCCGUCACAAAGGGGAUUUAUUUUCUGGAAAACGCGACGUUAGACGUCUCCCUGGGAGAGACCAUUGCCCACAUCAACAUUGCAGGCAACGUCUGGAGGGCCGAAGUCAACCUCAUGGACGAUAAAAAGGAACUUUUCACGUGCUUAAAUACUGCAAUCCUCAUUAGCAGAGUCAACAUCAAGGACUAACACCACCACCGCAGCCACCAAGAUUAAGAAGUCAUUAGAUGGAACUUCAAACUAGAGUUUCCGAAUUCACUUAUUACCUUGUGCACCUUGUGAUACCCUGUAUGAUACUGUCACGCCUACGACAACACAUAGUAAUCACAGUAAAAUUAUUACGUACAAUCAGAAAAACGCGUUUGUGAAGAUUAAAAUGAACUACCAUCUAAAUCUUCAGUCUGUUAUCUCUUCUUUGCAAAUGAAGUUAAGGUGAGAUGUGGAUGAAAUUACAUAAGUACUGUGAGAAAACUUGGGGCCAAAUAAAUCUUAACUAUGAACGCAGGAAGGUGUAACAGUUGGAAAAAUUGGGCCAAAUACUACACUAUUGCAUUAACUAAUUUUUGCAUACCGAUCAGUGCGUACUGUUUUGUCCCCCAUGCGUGGUUUAUUCUAUUCAUAGGGAAGCCAUACACUAUCUCCGCAAGGAAUCGCCACACAGGGGGGUGGGGGGGACUUCUUGUGUAAAAGAGAAUGGCCUGCCGCAAGGCAUGUAGGCCAGGGUUUUUCUUUGUAGAGACCACCGCCUUGUAGGUGGUGUACUUUCUUGUAGUUCUUCUUUGAGAUAUUAGUUUUUCAUAACUUGAGAUGGCUGUUUGCCGCCAG